AAGUCUCCAUUUCCUCCACAUAAAUCCUCACCUACUAUCUACCUUCAUCUUGCUCUCUUUCUCUUUGUUUAUUUUAGCAAAUGGGUUCUGAUUUUGAUCCGUCUUCAUGGUUGCAGUCUUUCUGCGCAACUUUCUGCUUCAUGUUCUUCACUUUCACUGCCUCAUUCUCCUUGUUUUCUUUCUUGAUCUUUCUAUUCCUGAAGCUGAAGCCCUGGUGUCAGUGUGAGGCUUGCCGGAGUUUUCUCUCCGCCGGCUGGUCGAAAGACUUUGCUAAUCUGUGUGAUUGGUACACCCAUCUUCUUGAGAAAUCACUAACUGGCACUAUACAUAUUCAUGUUCUUGAAAAUAUCAUCACGGCCAACCCUGAAAACGUUGAGCACAUCCUCAAAACCAAGUUCGAUAACUAUCCUAAAGGGAAACCUUUCUCUGUUAUCCUGGGUGAUCUUCUGGGUCGUGGCAUCUUCAACGUUGAUGGUGAUUCCUGGAGGUUUCAAAGAAAAAUGGCAAGUUUAGAGCUUGGUAGUGUCUCUAUAAGACACUAUGCUUUUGAUCUUGUGACUUCUGAGAUUCAAUCCAGGCUGAUUCCUCUCUUAUCUUCUGUUGCUGAUAAACAAACGGUGUUAGAUCUGCAAGACGUGUUUCGUCGAUUUUCUUUCGAUAGUAUUUGCCGAUUCUCUUUCGGUUUAGAUCCCGGUUGUCUCCAGCUUAGUAUGCCUUUUCCAGAAUUUGCAGUAGCCUUCGAUCUUGCGUCGAAGAUAUCUGCCGAAAGGGGAUUGUCUUCGUCACCCAUUAUAUGGAAGAUGAGGCGGCUGUUGAAUUUAGGCACCGAGAGGAAGCUUAAACAAGCAGUAGGAUUGGUGAAUGAACUUGCCGAGAAAAUGAUAAAUGAACGCCGCAAAUUGGGGUUCUCCGGCAAGAACGACCUUUUAUCAAGAUUCAUGGGUUCCAUCAACGAUGACAGAUAUCUCCGGGAUAUUGUCGUCAGCUUCCUUUUGGCUGGACGUGACACGGUGGCCUCAGGCUUGACCAGCUUCUUUCUUUUGUUAUCUCAACAUCCAGAAGUCGAGUCAGCGAUCAGGGAAGAGUCAGACCGAUUCAUUGAACCCAAACAAGAUUCGGUCAGCUAUGAGCAGAUGCGAAAUAUGCAUUACUUAAACGCCGCCAUACAUGAAAGCAUGCGAUUGUUUCCACCGGUGCAGUAUGAUUCAAAAUUCGCUAAAGACGAUGACAUACUUCCUGACGGUACAUUUGUUAGAAAAGGCAGUAGGGUUACGUAUCAUCCCUAUGCAAUGGGUCGUAUGGAGCGGAUUUGGGGUCCCGAUUGUCUUGAAUUUAAGCCAGAAAGAUUCUUGGAAAAUGGAAAAUUUGUGCCAGAAAACCCGUUCAAAUACCCCGUUUUUCAGGCUGGGCCUAGGGUUUGCUUGGGCAAGGAAAUGGCCUUAGUGGAGAUGAAAAGUGUAGCUCUAGCUAUGGUGAGGCGGUUCAAAAUCCGGGUUCUGGAGCCAAAUCAGGCUCUGCGAUUCGCCCCUGGUUUGACUGCCACCGUUAAAGGUGGGUUACCUGUAAUAGUUAAACAAAGAGACUGAGACUUAGACUGAGAGAGUAACAAUGGCGUUUAUCACAUGCAUUGUACAUAUGUCCUGCGCAGAUAGUUUGAAAUUUGACUGAUAUUCGCCUUUUAAAUAA